GUCUCCGCCUGGUCGCUCGCCGUGCCACUUCCUCAAACACCGGCGGCGGUCAUGCCGCCUCCGCCGCCGCCGCCGCAGCCUCCACCUCCUCCUCACCCGCCGCCUGCACCGCCACAUCUCAGCGCCCGCCGCCUCCCUCUCCCGCCCUCCCACCCGCCCCCAACCUCCCUUCUCCUCGCGCCGCCUUCCUCCCCCGCCCGCGCCCUCGCGCUCCUCUUCCCCGACUCCUCCGCCCACCUCUUCCCCUCCUUGCCCAACCCCGCCCCGGCCGCCUCCUCCUCUUUCGCUCCCACCCCCGUCUCCUCCCCGCUCGCCGCCGCCGCCUGCUUCGCGCUCCUUCUUCCGUCCUCCCGCCUGAUCUUCCUCUCCGCGCACCCGUCCCCCGCCUCCCCCGCGGUCCACCUCCGCGCUUACUCCCUCGCCACCGCGCCCGCUUUCCCGCGCUUCGCGCCCGCCCCGCUCUCCUUCAAGCGCCACGCCUCUUCCUCGGGCCUGCCGCUGCAGGGCCUCCCUUUCGGCAUCGGCGUUCGCCUGGCCGGCGGGGUCAACGCCGUCGCGCUGCUCUCCCUUGCUGCCGGGCAGAUCUGGGUACUCGCCCCGAAGCUGGCCACGGACGGGCGGACGGUGGAGCUGCACAAGUGCGCGGUCGUCGAGCUCGAGCCGGCACGGCCCGUGUAUGCUAUGGAGGUCGCAAUGGGGAGGCUGCUGCUCGGUGAGGCUGGCGGCGUGCGCUUGUUCCCGCUGCGGGGCUUGAUGAAGGGUGGGAAGGAGAAGGAGGGGAAGAAGGAAGGUGCCGGUGCUGCAGGAAGGAAGAGCGUGCAAAAGAAGAAUGGGAUGAUGAACGGGUUGGUUAUGCCGGUUAGGCGUGGUAGUCAUGGGGGAGGUGGUGAAAGAGAUGGUGUUUCCACUUGUAAGCUCACAACUUUGAGGGUAACACAGAGUUCAGGAAGCUAUUGCCCUUUCUUCUUGACAGUUCAAAAUGAUGGUCAUAACUCACAAGGCAGCAGGGAAUUGCUGAAAUCAGAGAAAGCCGUAUCGAUCCAUCCUCUUUCCAAGAACAAGUUUUUGGUACUGGAUUCAAAUGGAGUGUUGCAUGUCUUUAGUCUUUCAACAACAGAAGUGGGCUCAGGAGUUUCCAUAAAGCAUUAUUCUGAAAAUAUCCAUACAUAUCGCUUGGAUUAUCCCAUGAAAGUGCAAUUGUCUGCUGUCUUUCCAAGUAGCUCUAUAAAGACACAGAUUUGGGUUUCAGAUGGUGGACAUUCUGUACAUGUAAUGUCAGCAUUUGAUAUUGAAUCCACUAACGGGGACGGCGUAGAAGUUAUCGGAGAACAAGAGCUAGUGACUGCUAAGCUCUCAGCUAUUGAAGCAAUCUUUACGAGUGAAAGAGUCCAGGACAUUGUACCUAUCUCCAAGGAUUCAGUUCUCAUCCUUGGUCAAGGCAACAUGUUUCUAUAUGGAACUUCUUGAAUUUGGUUGUUUAUCAUGUGCAGCAGUGACAUCACUGUUCUUUAGAGCAUGCUUCAAGAAUUUGCAGCUUUGAAUGGGGUUUUGGCUAAAACAGGUUUUGGUGAUUUUGAAGAUGAACUUAUCCACACCUGUCUUUGGAGUCAUGAGCUUCCAAUUUAUCAAUCACAGUAAGAAGAUGAAAAGCUCAUGACUUCCACAGCAGCCAGCAAGAAACGAAAGAUUAUGCAGAGACCAUGCAGUAAUGGCCCUAUUGCUGAACAUGGCAUUUACAUUACUGGUGCAGUUCUUGUUGGUAUGACCCAAAGAAGCCAAUGCUGCAAAAUCUAUCUCCAUGCCCAGCUGCCACAGAAUGUGGAUCAACACAAAGAUCUUCAGCUACCUAACUAGACAUCUGGUGGUGCUGGAUGUUGGUGUAGUUCAGAGACUGGACUGCGGUGUCGUGGAGUUGAGGAUAUUGGGAACGUGCUCUGAGGCCUCAGGAAAUGAUUGAUGUCAUAGUCGUGUAUGGUCAUGUUCUCGCUAGAUGAAAUGCUGAAAGGCCUCACUAAGUCACCAGUGAGCUGUACUUUCUCGAUGUGGCAUGUGAGGUUGCUAGUUGCUACGAUGUACUAGUUGUGUUUGCUUGCUCCUGAAACUGAAGUGCAGUUGUCUUUGCGUUUUUUUUUGUUGCUGCCUGUGAUAUUCCAGCAUUCGUUUUGGAUAUAUUCAGAAUUUCAGACCAUAAUUGUGCUGUCU